AUGGUAUCGACCACAUCUGCGUCUGCCCCCACAGCCGAUCUAUCAUUCGAUUUUGGGCCUCCCCCACCUACAUUUGCCGAUAAGUAUGCUGAACGAGAAUAUGUGAAGGAGAGAUUGGCUCUGGCUUAUAGGGUCAUUGCUAGGGAAGGGAUGUGUGAAGGAGCUUCUGGCCAUCUGACAUCGAGAGAUCCCGUUGACAGGGAAUGCUUUUGGGUUAACCCAUACGGCCUUCAUUUCUCACGAAUGACCUCUUCCGAUCUCCUUCUAGUAGAUCACCACGGUAAAAUCGUAGCAGGUGGUAAACCUCAUCAACAGCGAUACAACGCAGCGGCUUUCAUCAUCCAUUCUGCGAUCCAUGCCGCUCGACCAGAAGUAGACUCGGUCGUCCAUACCCACUCACCAUACGGUAAAGCCUUCUCGACCUUGGGUAGAAACUUACCUUUUUACUCGCAAGAUUCUGCUGUGUUCUAUAACGAUGUUGAACUAUACGAUAAUCACAAUGGUGUUGUGUUAUCGAAGAACGAGUCGCAGAUGAUAAUCGAUAAGAUAGGUGGUAAGAAGGCUUUGAUCAUGCAAAAUCAUGGCUUGUUGACUGUUGGAGGAUGUAUCGAAAGUGCUGUUGCUUGGUUCAUGCUGCUGGAGAAUGAAUGCAGGACGAUCUUGACUGCUGAAGCGGCUGCUGCUAUGGCCGGAUCUAAACCCAUAAGCAUUUCUAACGAAGUAGCAGAAUUCACGCAACGAGAGAUCGGUACUGAGGAAGCUGGAAGAUUCGAAGCAUUACCAUUUUUCGACUUGGUGGAAGAGGAAUGCGGAGGCGCGCAUAGGAAGUAG